AGGAUUCUUUGUACUUUGUAACUUUUGAACCCACCGCGGUGGAACCCAGGUCUACCCCUGUAUCGACGGGGCGAGGGAGAGCUCCACGAGCAGCCUCGGAGAUGAUCCACAACACCCUCAAGACCCCAGAGCCGCUGGGCCGAAGCCCCCGCAGCACGCACUCGCCCGCCCAGAGGAGGCUGUGGCGAUACUCGGUCGGCUGCCGGGGCUCCCCGUCCUCCUCCUCCACCCCCUCCACCUCCGGCAACCCCACCAGCACCACCGUCCUGACCCAGACCCACCGCAGGAGCGUGUGCGUACUGGCCGCUGACCUGGGAGGAGGAGGUGGAGGAGGAGGUGGAGGAGGUGGAGGUGAAGGUGUUCUCCAUACGAUCCACGGGCUGUGCCACCUCUGCAUCGGAUGUAGGCUGCCUCAGGUGAACAUCCUUCGAGGAAAGGACGGCUAUGGCUUCACCAUCUGCUCAGACUCCCCGGUGAGGGUCCAGGCUGUCGACCCAGGAGGCCCAGCCGACCAGGCCGGUCUCCAGCACUUAGACACACUCCUGCAGCUGAACGGACAGCCCGUGGAGCAGUGGAAAUGUAUAGACCUGGCCCACGCCAUCAGAAACAGCUCCAACGAGAUCCGUGUGGUGGUGUGGCGCACGGGCCCCACCGCCAAGCCCAGCUUCGAGGGUCUCGUCCACCGGCCGGCCUACAAGCCCUCCACCUCCAACUACGACGCCCCGUCCCCGCCCACGCGCAGGCGGAUGGGCGUCCCCAGCAAGACCCCGCCCGUUGUGCCCCCGCUCCCCGCCCACCACCGCCCAACCCCCGCCCCCGGCACCACCCGUAGGCUCCUGCUCAACGGCUCGGAGCUGGGAGGCGGAGGGGGUCCGGGGUGGGGGGGCCGGGUGGGUUCGGCCGAGGAGCUGGACGGGGGGCACCCCAGGGCCCAGCAUCAGCAUCAGCAGCAGCAGCAGCAGCAGCAGCAGCAGCAGCAGCAGCACCACCUCCUCCACCACCCCCAUGCCACGGCCACGCUGAAGGGCACCCGGGUGAAGGCGUCCAACGGGGACAACUACAUCAUCCUGGCGCCCAUCAAUGCUGGAAGCCAGAUUUUAAGGCCUGUCUACCCAGAUAAUCAGGGCACGUUGGCCUCCAGCAUUGCCUCAAGGCUGUACCCCACAAGACAGCCACCUGCGCCACCGCCACAAGGGGGCGCUGGUGGCACCUUUGCUGGCGGUGCUGCUAGUAUUUCGGCGGGCGGCGGUGGUGGCGGUGGCGGUGGUGGAGGUGGUCUCUCCAGCCGAACCAACUUCCUUCGCCGAUCUGGCAACUCGAAAACCAAGAACAGUUCUACCACGAACGCUAACGCCAACUACCAGCCGCACAAUGCCAACUUCGCCAACUACCAGAACUGCACCAUCGUCCGCUCCCACACGUCCCACGCUAACUACGGCUACGUCAAAGUAGCGCCGAAGAUCCUCAUUUUCCCAAUAUUUGUUCAGCCGCUGGACCUUUGCAGUCGGGCCCUCAUUAUCACAGAGGAGAUGGUGUUACACGAGAGUCAGCACCAUUCACUCAAGGUGACAGUAUUUGUCUACACGGACCUGAUGCUGGUGACCAGGGAAGACGAGCCAGGCAGGUGCAAUGUGCUCCAGAGCCCUCUGUUCCUCCGACAGCUGCGAUUACAGGAAGAUCACGCGGAGGAACUCAGAUUCUACAUUAUUCACAUGACGGAGAAGUGUGACUGCCUGCUCAGCCUGGAAGCCUACUCGGUGGACCAGAAGCGCCGCGUGUGCCAGUGCCUGAAGGAAAACAUCGACAAGCAGAUCCAGCUCCAGAGAAGGGAGCCCGUGGCCACGCACUUUGAGCAGAUGUUGGAGCCGAAGGUGGACGUCCCCCCCUGUGAGCUGGGCGGAGGGGUCCUGGGCGGGGCGGACCUGGAGGGGGUGAUGGGGGUGGAGCUGGGGAUGCCCCGCCCGCCCGGCUUCCAUCACUCGGAAGGGGAGGAGAGCAGCCUGUACCCGUCCAGCCCCUCGGAGCCCCACAACCUGGGCAGCCCCCGCACCUCCUCGCCCCUCACCCCCCUGGAGGACAUCUACACCCCGCUGGGGGGCUCCGCCGACCGACACAGGGUGCCCCCCACCCCACCGCCCUCCACGGAGGGGGAGGACUGCAAGAGCAUGGGCAGCUCGGAGCUGGAGAUCUGGAAGGUGGAGAAGAGCGAGAUGACGGAGGAGGAGGAGGUGAGGAGCGGACUGGAGGGAGACUAUGAGGGGGAGGAGGGGGAGGUGGGAGAAAGUGUGAAGAGUACUGAAAGUGAGGAGAUCAGAGGAGAUCCCGACGACGAAGGAGGGGACGGCGAGAGAUCGCCGGGGGAGGCGGGAGAAGGGGAGGAGCCGGCCCCGAACGAGAACGCCGGUGAGGAGGAGGAGGGGGAGGAGGAGACCGCCUCCGAGCCGCCGGACGCCACCGCACCUCCCUCCUCCUCCUCCUCCUUCGUCAUCCCCGAGCUCCGGCUGGACCGCACCUUCAGCGCCGACGCCCUCUCCUCCCCGUGCAGCGUCGAGGGCGAGGAGGAGGAGGGCGAGGACGAAGACGACGAGGACGAAGAGGAAGAUGAGGACGAAGACUCCGAAGACGAGGAGGAGGAGGAGGAGGAGGAGGACGACAGCGACGACACCUGCCUCCAGCGCAGCGACAGCAAGCGGCGCAGCAUGGUGGAGGCCACCUCCUCCACCUGCGAGAAGCACGGCGCGGGCGGCGGCGGCGGCGCGUGCCGGCUGAGCGUGCAGAACUCCCUGCGCCGACGCACCCACAGCGAGGGCAGCCUCCUGCAGGAGCCGCGCACCACCUGCUUCAACUCCAACAACGCCAUCCACUGCCUGGAGGGCGGCGGCGGCGGCGGCGACGGCGGGGGCCACCACAAGGGCGGCGGCUGGACCCUGCCGUCGCCCAAGACCCUGACCAAGAACGGGGGCUCCAUGCACCAGCUGUGCAUGCUCUUCUCCGGCCGCAAGCUCAGCUCCGGGUCGACCUGCAGCUGCGAGGUCUCCUCAGACGGGAAGAAGAAGAAAAAGUCCUCCAAGAACCUGGCCAAAGAUAUGAAGAACCGCCUGGCGUUCCUGCGGAGAAGGAAUGAGUCUCCAGGAAGCAGCCCUGCUAGCAAGCUGGACAAGACCAUGAAGUCAGUCAAGCCCACGCCAGAGGAGGCACUGAAGUGGGGCGAGUCGCUGGACAAGCUGCUGGUGCACAAAUAUGGCCUGGCAGCGUUCCGAGCGUUCCUGCGCACCGAGUUCAGCGAGGAGAACCUGGAGUUCUGGUUGGCCUGCGAGGACUACAAGAAGGUCAAGUCCCAGUCCAAGAUGGCGUCCAAGGCCAAGAAGAUCUUCGCCGAGUACAUCGCCAUCCAGUCAUGUAAAGAGGUGAACUUGGACUCGUACACACGGGAACACACCAAGGACAACCUCCAGAGUGUGGCGCGCUCCUGCUUCGACCUGGCCCAGCGCCGGAUAUACGGCCUGAUGGAGAAGGACUCGUACCCCCGCUUCCUGCGCUCCGAGCUCUACCUGGACUUGGUCAACCAGAAGAAAUCCAGCGGCACCUCCACGUCCUCGUCCUCGUAGGAGAAGACGGGGGCGGGCGGAGAAACUAAAAGGAGCCACGGACGAUGAGAGCGGAGGAGGGUGGAGGGGGCAGAUACUCAGAGAGAGAGAGAGAGAGAGAGAGAAAGAGGAAGAGAGAAACACAGACACUUUGAGUGGGUUUCGGUUUACGUCUCCUUAUUUGCCUUUUUUGUUUUUGGGGCUUUUUGUUUUGGUGUCGCGGUAGCCACACCACCCGGCCACCGUGAUGUGUGUUUUUUUGAUUUUAGUUUUUUUGGUGGUUACGGUGAGAGAGAGAGAGAGAGAGAGAGAGAUGACCAAGCUAUGGCACUGCAAAGAAACGAUGUUUACUCAACGAAGCCGCGUGGAUGGAUGGAUGUGUGGACGGAUGGAUGGAUGGAUGGAUGGAUGGAUGGAUGGAUGGAUGAAUGGGUGGGUAGGACGUGUGGGUGGAUGGAUAGUAAAAAAAAAAAGAUAUUGUGGCCAAUGAGGGGGCCAAAACAGGAGCUGGAUUCUUCUCUGAUCGCUGUACUGUUUUUGGUUUCACAGUCCAGACUUUAAUGUUAUUUCUGUGUAUUUAAGUUGUUGUUCCGGUUGGACAAAGGAGGCGGAGGGGGUAUGGACACAAGCCCCCUUGCUGACAUGAAGACAGUCCGGUACUGUCCGGUCACACCCCCACCCCCACCCUCCUGUUCUUUUCCCCGUUUUUUUCCGAACUCCUCCACCUCCUCCUCGGGAAGCCAGUGUGAAGCUGUUUUGUUUUUGGUACGAUCCUGUGUUUUGUUUCUUUUUCCCUGUUUGAACGUCAACGCUGUCUAAGACAUG